CAUUUCUGAUUUGGUAGCACUCUGCACCCAUUUCACAUUGGUAAAUGGCCAAGAAAGUCUCUGAGAGAGAUCCUUUGAGACUGCAAAGGCUAUUUAAAGAAGGAAGACGGCAUGAGAUUGGAUUUAGUGCAGUAAAGUAGGUUAAUUUGAGGACAAGACAAAAAAUCAUUAUUUAGACCUCCUUGUGUUGCCGUGAUGAGAACUUACCAUUGCUUCUGGCUGCUCUUUUGGGCUGGUCAGCCCCACCAAAGUUUCUUAACUCCGUUAUCCAAAAGGACUAGUGGCUUUCCAGAAAAGGAAAAGGUUUUGGUGUUGUCUGGAAACAACAGGCAGGACCUCCAUCGUUCCAAAAGGAGCUGGAUGUGGAAUCAGUUCUUUUUAUUGGAGGAAUACACAGGAACUGACUACCAGUAUGUUGGCAAGCUGCAUUCAGACCAGGAUAAAGGAGAUGGAUCACUUAAAUACAUCCUUUCUGGAGAUGGAGCAGGAGACCUCUUCAUUAUCAAUGAAAACACUGGUGACAUCCAGGCCACAAAGAGACUAGACAGGGAAGAAAAGCCUGUGUACAUACUCCGUGCCCAGGCCAUAAACAGAAGGACUGGAAGACCAGUGGAACCAGAAUCUGAGUUCAUCAUAAAGAUCCAUGAUAUCAAUGACAAUGAGCCAAUGUUUACAAAGGAUGUUUACAAUGCCAGCAUUCCCGAAAUGUCAGAUGUUGGUACCUUUGUUGUGCAAGUCACUGCAACUGAUGCCGAUGAUCCCACAUAUGGGAACAGUGCUAAAGUUGUCUACAGCAUUCUCCAGGGACAACCAUAUUUCUCCGUCGAAUCUGAGACAGGCAUUAUUAAAACUGCUUUACUGAACAUGGACCGUGAAAACAGGGAGCAAUACCAAGUGGUCAUCCAGGCUAAAGACAUGGGAGGCCAGAUGGGCGGGUUAUCAGGAACCACCACCGUGAACAUCACGCUGACUGACGUAAACGACAACCCACCUCGCUUCCCCCAGAGCACAUACCAGUUCAGGGCUCCUGAGUCUACGCCGCUCGACGCCCCGGUUGGCAGGAUAAAAGCUAAUGAUGCUGACGUGGAUGAAAACGCAGAGAUUGAAUACAGCAUCACUGAGGGGGAUGGAUACGACAUGUUUGGAAUUACCACGGACAAGGAGACGCAGGAAGGAAUUAUAACUGUGAAAAAGGCCUUGGACUUCGAAAGUAAAAACUUGUAUAUUCUCAAAGUGGAAGCUACCAAUACUCAUGUGGACCCUCGAUUCCUGUACUUGGGGCCAUUCAAGGACUCAGCUACAGUCAGAAUUCAGGUGGAGGAUGUAGAUGAACCCCCCCUGUUCAGCAGACCAGCAUACAUAAUGGAAGUGAAAGAAGAUGUUCCAUUAAACAGUGUAAUAGGAACAGUAACUGCUCAGGAUCCAGAUGCUGCCAGGAACCCUGUCAAGUACUCUGUGGAUCGUCACACUGAUAUGGACAGAGUAUUCAACAUCAAUUCAGGAAAUGGUUCGAUAUUCACUUCAAAACCCCUUGACCGGGAAGCGCUGCUGUGGCACAACAUUACAGUAAUAGCAGCAGAGAUCAACAACCCAAAACAAAGCAGCCGUGUCCCAGUGUUCAUUAAAGUUUUGGAUGUAAAUGACAACGCCCCGGAGUUUGCCAUGUUUUACGAGACCUUCGUCUGUGAAAACGCAAAGGCAGAACAGCUGAUACAAACAUUAAGUGCUGUUGAUAAAGAUGACUCUUACAAUGGACAUCAGUUUUCAUUCUCCUUAGCUCCUGAGGCAGCCAGCAGCUCAAACUUUACACUACAGGACAACAGAGACAACACAGCAGGGAUUUUCACUCGAAAAAACAGAUAUAACCGGCAUGAAACAAGCACCUACUUCUUGCCAGUGGUGAUAUCAGACAAUGAUUACCCCAUCCAGAGCAGCACUGAAACUGUGACUAUUCGAGUGUGUGCUUGUGACCAUCGAGGAAAGAUGCUGUCCUGUAAUGCAGAAGCCUUGAUUCAUCCUACUGGUCUCAGCACUGGGGCUCUUAUUGCCAUUCUUCUCUGCAUCAUUAUAUUACUUGUUACCGUGGUGCUGUUUGCGGCGCUGAGGCGGCAGCGGAAGAAAGAGCCUUUGAUCAUUUCCAAAGAGGACAUCAGAGACAACAUUGUCAGUUACAACGAUGAGGGUGGUGGAGAGGAAGACACCCAGGCGUUUGAUAUUGGCACGCUGAGGAAUCCCGAAGCCAUAGACGACAACAAACUACGCAGAGACAUUGUGCCGGAAACACUUUUCAUGCCGCGGAGGACUGCGACCGCGCGGGACAACACGGAUGUCAGAGAUUUCAUUAACCAAAGGUUAAAGGAAAACGACACAGACCCAACAGCACCCCCGUAUGACUCGUUAGCAACCUACGCGUACGAAGGUAAUGGUUCUGUGGCCGAGUCCCUCAGCUCCCUGGAGUCGGUGACCACGGACGGAGACCAGGACUACGAUUACCUCAGUGACUGGGGACCGCGCUUUAAAAAGCUGGCAGAUAUGUAUGGCCCAAUGGACAGUGACAAAGACUCUUAAUAUGUUGGUUUUUUUUUCUCUUUCUCUCUUUUUUCUCUUCCUCAUUCCCAGAAAGAGUAUUGGGAUAUGUGAAGUGGCUGUUUCUUUCUGUUUCUCCACAGCUGAAAGGGUUCUCUUGAAAGGGUUCUCUGUUCUACCCAUUUGAAUUGUCUAAUGGCUGCAGUCUGUGUGGGUUAGCCAUCAGAAAACUUUCUCUGGUAUCAUUUUAUGAGCUUCCAAGAGGCAAAAUCCUUAUUUUUUGAGUGCAUCCAGUUUACCAAUCUUACAGGCACAGCAGUAGUGGAGGGCAAAAAAAGGAUCAGAUGGGGAGCAAUAUUUUUAGUUGUUCUGCUUAUAUUGUAAAUUGGAGUAUAUUACUAUUUAAGCUCACUUGCCUUUUACUUGUAUUCAGACUAUUCAGCUCAGACAACUGCUCUGUCGAUUGUGUAUUGCACAUCCCAAUGUAAUGAGGUAUCCUAGUUUACCCUAUGUAUUAUAGUCAAAAGUAGUGGUGAUGGAAUGAAGGUUUAUUAUACAAGUAGAGUAAGCUGAGAAAAGAACAUCAAACACGCAUUUUACUCAUGAGGAGGGUAGAGAGGCUUAAUGGUCAUUUAAACCUGAGCGUUUCUCUAGAACUCACCAUUGCCCCAUUGCACUGAAUCAUACUAACACACACAUAUAUAUAGCUCAUUGACUGCUCUGUAUAUAUUCUUUGGACCUAGCAUUGCUGGAGAGAUGUGUGUGUGCACGUGUGUGUGGUCAGUAGCCCCAAUAUCUAAUUCUUAGAUGGUUUCCCCGUUCUAACCCAGGCUCGCUUUGCGAUACAGGGAAAGGCACCAAAUCCAGCUCCAGAUGGGGUCAUGACUUGGAGGAAAGAACAGAUCAUAACUGGGCUUUUGUUUGCACUUCCUCAGUCAGCCUCCACCUGCAGUCCAGUGAUGGCCACUGUCCUGGGCUCGUUGGAGUCAGGAUGUUCAUGUCCAGCUGCUCCUGCCUGUUCUCAUGUGCAGGUGGGGAGGAGUGACCUCAAGGUGACUGCCAUCCUCCGGGGCAAAAGGAGCAACUGCAGAGGAGGAAAGGGCUUUUUUUGUCCUGACCUUCUCUGCCUGGAUGUCCAGGGUGGAUUCCUGACUGACUCUCUGUCCAGUUUUGUUAUCUGUAAAGUGGGGAAAUAAUGCCUACCUCAUCAGGAUGUUGCAAGAACUAUGGAAGACUUUGGAAAAUACUUUAGAAAUAGAAAACGCUGGCAUUCUGCCAGAGGGAGUACCUUUUCAUGCUUUUGGGUAGUUGUUUCCUUUCUUUUUCUUCCCAACUUAAGCUCUACAUGAACAAAUAAGUGAAAAUUAAUGGUCGUUCCAGUGGGGGGUUUAUAAUUAUAAUUCAUUUUUUUAAAAUAACCUACUCAGCUAGGAUUGUUAAAGAUAUCACCAAAAGGUAAACUUUUAACCACAAGUUUCUCUGUGUGUGUUUAUCUGCUUUGCAAAGCUAAGUAAUUUUUGUCCAGGUGUGGGGUGGGGGAAGUUGCCAUAAUCUUGGGCCAAAACAGUUUUCUUUAUAGCUUGCACACCACUCAGUACUUCAGUUGGUUUUUCAAAGAUGUCGUGGCUGCUCUUCAAAUCCAGCCAUCUAGGAGAGGCUCUCUGGAGAAAACUCUAAGGGGCUGCCAUGGGGCAUAUCUAAUUCCAGGAGUUAAAUGCUGCCCUGUGUCCCAAAGUAGGGAACCAGCCCAUGGCACUGUGCCAAGGAAAGUAUGAAUUACUAUUUUUAAAAUACCUCAGGUAUAACUAUUCUCAUUUAUUCCAUGAAACAGAAUUACAGGAUUGGAUCUAUUUUCUUCCUCCUUUGAAUUUUAAGUGAAUCAUUUUGAAAAUUAAACAGCUUCAAUUUACUCCAGAAAUAACGUGAGAUGAGAAAAAAAAUAAUAAACAGAAAACUAAAAGCAAUUAAAAAUUAAUCUGUGGAAUUCAUUACUCUUUUUGAGUUAAAGAGAGAAGUAAGAGUCCCAAGGAUUAGACUUUUAUAAUGAAAGAAGUUUAGGUUUUGUGGAGAGAGGGGAGAGGAUGAGUCAGCCAUGCUGCAGCCCUGGCUGGGCAGGGAAGGACUCGUUGAGCACUGCACUCCUGUAGGUGUGCACAUAGAUUGGAUGCUUUCACAGCAGAGGAGCCCAGAGUUUCCAGGGAUCCAGAGCCCGCAGCCUCCCUGGAGGAGGGGUGUCAGAGUGUUUAAGUCCAGCAGUGUGGUUCCAAACUCCAUCACUUAGUGAGGGCUGAGCUGUUGCACCCAUCAUAAUGGUAAAUGGCACGGCCAGAGCCUUAUUAUGUCCUCUUCAGGGCCCCUAAGUAAUUUAAGAUGCUAAAAGCCUGGCUCAUCCUUCUAUGGCUUCCUCGAAAGUGGAACUUCUGGGAAGCAAUCUGUCCAAAAGCUGGCUCUGGCAGACAGGAGAGACCACCUGGAUUUUGGAUAUGUGGAGGAGCAGCAGAUGCUCAGCACCACCUGCCGCAGGUGCCUCCCUUCAGGCUGCUGCCCUCACACAGUCACUGGGGCCAGCACAUCCCUCCAGGGGCUCUCCCCAGCCGCUUCCUGACACUUCCUUCUCUCACCCCUCGCUCUGGGGGUGCCUCCAGCACAUACCCCAAGCUCAGAGUGCAGCUGGAUGCCCGGAGUGAGCCAGUGAGCUGUCCCUUCCCUUCCUUAAGCCUCAAGGAAGCAGGCUGGUGUGCGGAGGGGAUCCAGAUGUGGCUGUGCAGCCACACGGGUGUUCAGCCCUGCAAGCCACCUCCAGCUCACCGGGAACAGGGAGCCAAUGGUGCUUGGCUGAAGAAAACCCCCGUGUCCUGAAGGGGCUGGGCCACCCUGCAAGUCAGCCUGCAUUAGUCACUUCUUGGGUGGGAAACGAGACAGGAGGACCAGUGAACUCCUUGUAACUAUUUUCCUAUGUUUGUACAGUGAUUUUGUCUGAUUUAGUGAUUGUUAGUAGCAGUCCAAGAGCAACUUUUGAGUUGGUUUGGGGUUUUAUUCCUUUUAAUUCAAAGCCGGUUUUAUCUUGUCCAUUGA